UCGCAUCCCAGCCGUCCAGUCUCCUUGCUUCCGGGUAGGAACGAAGAACGUCCCCAGUGUGUAAGUAGCAGCAUCCCUGAUACUCUUCUUUUGCACGCGCUUUGGAUCUUCGGCGCCUUCGUUUCCUUUGGAUUGGCAGCGCCACCAAUCGAAUCGGCGGCGCCUCCUCCCGGGAUCCUGGAUGAACAGGGGGUGGAUCGCAGUCCACUGCCGCUGUGUGGAAGAGGUAGGGCGGCCGCCACUGUCACGGAUCCCAGGUUAGCUGCGGCAUUGCGGGGAAGCUCGGAAUCUAGGAGGUUUUUGGGGGUUUUCAGGCUGCGAUGUCGAGGGAGAAGCGGCCUUUGGAUUCGGCGCGCGAUGGAUUGCCUAAUGAGAAGCGACAGCGGCCAGCGCUUGCGAGCGUCAUUGUUGAGGCUCUUAAGAUGGACAGUCUCCAGAAAUUGUGCUCAACCUUGGAACCUCUCCUUCGUCGAGUUGUGGGAGAAGAGGUCGAGCGUGCUUUGGCGAAGCUAGCACCUUCUAUGAAAGGUGGACUAACCUACAAAUCAUCGCCGAAACGCAUCCAGGGUGCCGAUACUAGAGCGUUGCGCCUGCAGUUUCGAAACAAGCUAGCGCUGCCGCUUUUCACUGGCAGUAAAGUCGAAGGGGAGCAAGGCUCUGCGAUUCACGUCGUCCUACAGGAUGCCAACACAGGGCAGGUUGUAACUACUGGCGCUGAAGCAGGAGCAAAACUUGAUAUUGUUGUGCUGGAAGGGGACUUCUCGGCUGACGACGAAGAAGACUGGAGUAUGGAAGAUUUUGACACAUACGUUGUCCGAGAACGUGAAGGGAAGCGGCCCCUUCUUACAGGAGAUUUGAGUGUCACACUCAAAGAAGGCGUAGGUACACUUGGAGAGCUUACUUUCACUGACAACUCUAGCUGGAUCAGGAGCAGGAAGUUCAGGCUCGGUGUACGCGUCUCUCCUGGUUCUUUCGAAGGACCGCGCAUCCGAGAGGGCAAGACCGAUUCUUUUUCCGUCAAAGACCACCGUGGAGAACUUUACAAAAAACACUAUCCUCCCGCUUUGGGCGAUGAUGUGUGGAGGCUUGACAAGAUUGGAAAGGACGGGGCAUUCCACAAGAGGCUCAACAAAGCUGGAAUAUUUUCUGUGGAGGACUUUCUGCGUCUGGUGGUGAUGGACCCGCAGAAACUACGAAACGUAAGUAAUGAGUUUUUUUCUCUCUCUUUCUCUCUCUUUCUUUCAGCUCAUGUAGUUGGUCUGGCGCAGAUUCUUGGAAGUGGCAUGUCAAAUAAGAUGUGGGAAGGAACAGUGGAGCAUGCUAAAACGUGCGUCCUCAGCGGAAAGCUGUAUGUCUAUUAUGCCGACGAGAAGCAAAAUAUCGGUGUCAUUUUCAACAACAUCUUUCAGCUAAUGGGACUUAUGGCCGGUGGGCAGUAUCUUUCUGUGGACUCCCUGUCCGAUGCCGAAAAGGUAUACGUCGACAAGUUAGUAAAGGUGGCAUACGAGAACUGGGAGAGUGUGGUCGAGUACGAUGGUGAGGCACUGAUUGGUUCUAUGCCGCAUUCUCUCCGUGGCAUCGACGCACAUACGGAAGAGCCAGCCAAAGGAAACCGCGGAAGCAGUACGUUGCAGCAGCAGCAGGGGUUUCCCGGCAGUCAGGAGUUCGGCCUUGUUCCAAGAGGGACAGCGUUGACAAAUGCAGGGGGUAGUCAGCCAAGCUACGCUCCAGUCUCCAGCCCUGUGGAGAGCUACUCCUCCCAACAACAGCAGCACCAACAGCAGCAGCAGCAGCAGCAACAACAACAACAUCAACAGCAGAGGAAUCAAAACGCGAUGAGCACCGGCCUGUCUCUCCAACAAUCAAUGCCUUCUGGCUCAGGACUGGCUUACUCGCCACAAGUAAAUCCCAAUCCCAGCUAUCUGCAGCAGGCACCCACGGCCACAGCCGAGUGGCUCCACAGGCAGACGACUCAAAACGACGAGUUCUACUCGGAGGAAGAGAUCCGUGCAAAGAGCCUCGAGCUCCUGGAGAGCGAGGACAUGAACUUGCAGAUGCAGCAGCUGCUGCGCAUGUUCAACGUGGCCACAAACGAUCAGGCCAGCAGCAUGCCAAACAUGAACUUGCAAGACUACUUCCCGGUGGAGAGCGUGCCGUCGUCGCCGGAGAAGAAAGGCAGCAAAGUCGGGUGGCUCAAGCUCAAGGCCGCGUUGCGGUGGGGAAUAUUUGUCCGCAAGAGGGCCGCUGCCAGAAGAAGAGCUCAGAUUGAAGAGAUCGAAGAGGAGUGAGCAUUGAGCGCAAGAGAAAUCUACCAGAGCGAGGGAAUAACUGGUAGAGUGGAGAAUGUAAAUUACUGUGGCUCUUCUUUGUUGCUGUUGGCAGGCCGGAUUACAACAAAAAAAAAAAGAGAAAACAACUUGUUUGCUACACCGGGGUGGCGAACUUGAGGAA